CCCAGAUACGUCCAGUAUAAAGCCUCACCGCUCGCGGUUUUACCGCCUGUCUUCGAAAGCCCGCAAGUCUCCUCACCAUGUCGUCCAAGUCGUCUAUGGUUCUGGGUUAUUGGGAUAUUCGCGGGCUGGCGCAUGCUAUCCGCCUGCUCCUGGAGUUCACUGAUACAUCCUAUGAGGAGAAGCAGUACAUUUGCGGGGAAGCUCCUGACUAUGAUCGAAGCCAAUGGCUGGAUGUGAAGUUCAAGCUAGACCUGGACUUUCCUAAUCUUCCCUACCUCAUGGAUGGGAAGAACAAAAUCACCCAGAGUAAUGCCAUUUUGCGCUACAUCGCUCGCAAGCACAACAUGUGUGGUGAAACGGAAGAAGAAAAGAUUCGAGUAGACAUCAUGGAGAACCAAAUAAUGGAUUUCCGCAUGCAACUGAUUCGCCUCUGCUACAACUCUGACCAUGAAAACAUGAAGCCUCAGUACUUGGAACAGUUACCUGGACAACUGAAACUAUUCUCCUUAUUCCUGGGGAAAUUCUCAUGGUUUGCAGGGGAAAAGCUUACUUUUGUGGAUUUUCUCACCUAUGAUGUCUUAGACCAGAACCGUAUGUUUGAACCUAAGUGCCUGGAUGAGUUCCCAAAUCUGAAGGCUUUUAUGUGCCGCUUUGAGGCCUUGGAGAAAAUAGCUGCCUACUUGCAGUCUGACCGCUUCUUCAAGAUGCCCAUCAAUAACAAGAUGGCCAAGUGGGGCAACAAGUGUAUAUGCUGAGCAAGAGAAACUGCUUGUUUUGUUCCAUCCUGUACCCAGGGGUCUGUACUCUUCUCUUUCCAAUAAAUAGCACUUAGGUUA